CAACAAUCCACCUUCUUCUCGGUUUUUCAUUUAUAAAUGCAAACGGAUGCACACAACUUUCAAUCCAUCUAAUUUUUCUUCUUCUUACUUGCUUUUUUCCUUCUACAUACGUACUAAUUACCUUUUAAUCUAAACAUCAUCACACAUUAUACAAUGUCGUCAACAGCCGGAUACUCCAACGUCGACAAGAACAACGUUACUGUCAGCCUUUCCCGUCUCGCAUUGGCCAAAGCAAUAAGGAUGCUCGAUGACGACAAGAUCGAUGCUAGUAAUAAUACAGACAGAAACAGGAAUGCUGAUGACCGGCCUUUAUGGUUGAAAAGCGCUAUAUUUCAUCAAUCACAUGUUGCUCCGGAAAUGCUGCAACGUGUUGUUUGCGGCGACAAACUACAACAACGAGAGCAUAUUCUUCGACAUUUUGGUAGCAAAAUGUUACCACAGCAGCACUGGCAACACCCCACUAACAGAAAAGUGACGGUACCAACAAAAACAACAGCACAAACAAUUCGACGGUCAUCUACACCCGCAGCGCAUAAUAGCAGUAGCGGUAAUUCGAGGUCAGCCAGUUCAUCGACAUCGUGUAAGUCUUGGCUACUUUCUUUGUUGUAGUAGUAGUCGUAGUUAUUGCUACUAGAACUCUAAU